GCUUUGCUAGGGCGGGGCCGCGCCUCGGGUGCAGACUGUGGGUGUUUGGACCGGGGGAUCUUUCCUCCGGGCGCAGGCUGGUGAAGUGCGGGGCAGGAGGAGGCGGCGAGCACAGCGGCGCCUGCAGUUCAGUCUUUGAAAGCGGUAGAGUCGGUCUAAUGCGGGGACCCAAAACCCAACCCCAAGAGGGGGUCUGGCCCACAGGGUCCUUCUGGGGCUAGGCCCCAGGGGCUGCCUAUUUAUCUGAAAGCAUCAUAAUGAAGGCUGGGUGGACUCCCCAAGCCCUAGGGAGCUGGGCUGCUCUUUCCAGACUGGUGAUUCUGGAAUGGGCAGAGGACGCAGGGGUUUAACAGCUGUGGAGUUCCUCAGAGCUCCCCUUAGCUCUGGCUUAGAGACUUUGAUCACUGUCAUCACUGCCUUUGGGAGUGCCAGGAAUUUUCCCACAUACCAGCAACCAGUCACUUUUCUUCUUGUCAGGAGAACACAUCCUUGGGGGAAUAUUGCAAAAGGGAAGACUUUGGGGCUGGGUUUAGGGCAGUCUCCUAGUCCUGCCCGUCCCUUGGUGGGUGCCCUGGGCAAAGGUGUACACCUCCCGCCUGGACUGAGCGCUCCUCUCAACUCUUGGCGCCGUCGUCAUGCUGAGCUGCCUCUUCCUCCUGAAGGCCCUUCUUGCUCUUGGGUCCCUGACCUCCUGGGUGGCUCCAGGAGAGCAUGGUGAGCUAUUAUUUGGGGUCCCCGACCAACAGUAACAGACAGUGACCAAGAAGAAGACCUCCCCUGUCUCUUCCUGGAGUGAGAGUCCUCUUUGUGGAGAUGGUCAUCUCUGUAGGACAGGACUGGAUGCAUAGCUUCUCAGGACAGCCGGAAUAGGUCUUCCUGGCUUUACCCUCUCUGGACAAGGAGUGAAAGCAGGAGAAUGCCCUCCUGAUAAGCACCCGUGCAGAGAGCUGUGCCAGGGGGAUGAGUCGUGUCCUGCUGGGCAAAAGUGCUGCAGCACCGGCUGCAGUCGUGUCUGCCGAGGAGGCCUUCCAGAAGGGAGGAAAGGAGAUUGUCCCAGGGCUGUUCGGAAACAAUCCUGCUUCCAAAGGUGCGUCACUGAUGAGACUUGUCCAGAUACAGAGAAAUGCUGCACGUUUGGCUGCAACAGGCGCUGUGUGGUCCCAGUCACUAAACCCAAGCUGGAAACUGGAACCAUUCUCUGUGAGUGCAUGUGGCAGCUAUUCCAGUAGAAAAGCUUAUAUUUUGGUCAUCAGAGAGCUGGGUUCAAGCCUGAGGCUCCCCGGUUACCGGCCGGCAAGUCCCUGGUCAAGUGUCUUCUGCUUCCCUGGGCACCUUUCCCUUCUCUGUCAAAUGGAAAGAAUAAGCCUUGGACGUUGUAGUAAAGGUUCAAAGUAUGGAAAGUAUUUAGCCCUCAGUGGACAUUGGCUUCCUUCCUGUUGCCUGCUAAGUUGGGCUUCCUCAGGAGUGCAGUUGCUAACCAGCCCCUUUUAUCAAGAACCAGGAUCGCUUUCUCCUCCUCGGACCUCUUCAUCUUGGAGACCCUGGAACUCCGCAACAUGUGUCCGCCUCUUUCCUCCCAACCAAACCUCACCAGAGUCUGGUGGUGAAUGUCCUGCUGACCCCCUUCCGUGCGAGGAGCUGUGUGACAGGGACGAGUCCUGUCCCCAGGGGCACAAGUGCUGCAGUACCGGCUGUGGCCACUCAUGCCGUGGAGACAUUCAGGGAGGGCGGGGUGGUGAGUGUCCACGCCUUCUGGUGGGCUUGUGCAUUGUCACCUGCAUGAUGGAUGAGAACUGCCGGGCUGGGGAAAAGUGCUGCAAGUCCGGCUGUGGCCGCUUCUGUGUCCCGCCCAUUCUGCCAGUGGAACUGGCCACAAACCCCAACGGGGCCCUCAGCCCUGGUUCUGCCAGAGGGAUCCUGGUGCCUUAGUUGUCGUGAUUUGUCCUGAGCUGCUUUGGUGAUGACAGGGGCGCUUGUCCUGGCUUCCAGGAGAGAGUGAUGUCCUGGAGCUGUGACCCUCCUGGGGGCUCUCAUUGCCCUCUCUGCUCUGCUUCUGUUCCUGCUGUGGCCCUGAGCACGGGAAACAGAGUCGUGGGUUUGGGCAAUGGUGUGCGGUACUGCUUUUCCCCAAUAAAGACUGUACUGAC